AUGCUAACCUACCCGCUGGACACGGCGAAAGCACGUCUCUCCGUCUCCUCGAAGCUCCAGUACAGCUCGCUGACGUCGGUGUUCGUGAAAACGUACCGGGAAGGCGGCAUUCGGCUCCUCUACCGCGGCAUUUAUCCCACCAUUCUCGGUGAGUUUACGAUUUUGCGGUAGCACAUGUUUUUCAAAGCAAUUCUUCGACAUUUCCAGGAGUAAUACCAUACGCCGGAUCGUCAUUUUUCACCUACGAAACGCUCAAAAUAAUGUACAGAGACUCGGCCGGACAUGUGGUAAUUUAAGAGCAAGCAACUGUUCCAAUUUUACCGAAUUUGCAGGAGAGCUCGUACUACCGAAUGAUGUUCGGAAUGCUGGCGGGUCUUAUCGGUCAAACCUCCUCGUACCCACUGGACAUUGUGCGUCGGCGGAUGCAAACGGGACGAAUCCCCGACGGAUGGAGCCCCCUCCGAGCCAUUGUUCACAUCUAUCACACUGGUCAAUUUUUGCGAUUUUCAAACCCAAAAAAUUGAGCAAUUUUAAGCCAGAAAAAAUGAUUAAAAUGCUGUUUUAAUCGAUGUUUGCAUUGCAGAGGGACUAAAACGAGGAUUGUACAAAGGGCUGAGCAUGAAUUGGCUCAAAGGACCCAUCGCCGUCGGAGUCUCGUUUACCACCUAUGAAAAAGUGAGUGUUUUUAAAAAAAUGUUCUGUGCGAUAUUUUUAAAAGAACAGGGAACCCUCCGAGUUUUAGUGCCUGUCUAUUGGGACUCGGACAGUAAAUGUGGCAAUAAGAAGCAAUUCAGGAGGGUUCCCUGUCCCUUUAAUCAUAAAAAUUAUCGAUUUUUUAUGAUUUUUUCAAUUUUCAGGUCCUCGAGCUCGUUGGCCAUCUGAAGCGAUGA